AUGUUUGAAAAACAGCCUUAUGAUAGUCCGCCCGUGUACACCCCACCAUCCAACAAUGGCUACGGAGCACCAGGUAGCUUCAAUGCUCCACUCAGUGAUUACAACGCUUACCCACCUCCCCCAGGAUCUUACUACAUUGAGGAAAAACCACAGCACUUCCACAAAUGGUUGUCGCCUCCGGGGAUCGUCAAGGCCAUGAUGGCCACUGUCAUCAUUCUGUGUGUGGCCAUAUUUGCCUGCGUGGCCUCCACUCUCAUGUGGGACUUGCAGUAUGCGAAUGGAUUGGGCUAUGGUUAUGGAUCUGGCUACAGUGGCGGGUAUGGCGUAGGCAGCUAUGGCUCAGGAUACGGCGGCUAUGGCGGUUACGGAAACUACCAGGGCUCCUACGUAUCUCCCUACUCGGCCAAAACAACCAUGAUUGCCAUGGUCGCUAUUAACUUCAUUGCUGCACUGGCUUUCUUCAUCGCCAGUUUCUCAAAGACCCCCGCCAUACGCAGCAGGAAGUACUUUCUGAUCGUCCUGAUUGCCAGUAUCAUCAUGGCUGUCCUACAGGGCAUCAUAAAUAUUGUAUAUGUAGUGGGAGUAAAUCCAAUGGCCCAGGGAACGUCCAAUGUCAUGUACAACCCCAUGCUCAUGAUGUGCCAGAGCCUCUAUCAGACAGGCUAUUCCCAGAUGGGAGGGGUUGGAGGCUUUCCCAUUUACAACCAGUACCUUUACCAUUACUGUUUUGUGGACCCUCAAGAGGGAGUCGCCAUGGUGUGUGGAUUCCUGAUUGUCAUCGCCUUAGCUGUCGCUGCUUUCUACGCACACAAAACAAGAGGCAAGAUCUGGCGUUACGGCAAACCCAACAUCUUCUGGGAUCAGCCUCUGGUUGGCGGGAAGGCAUCAGAGGGCAGAGAUGUGGAGGAGUGGGUGAACAAUGUGGAGGAAAGCCGUAGUGUUCAGGACGCACCAACCCUACUGGUGUCCGAGAAAGGAGGGGGCCUGCUCAACGCCUCGGCAAACAGUGUCAUCUCUUUUCCCCCGGCCCAGGUGGACGGCCGCUCUAUGGAUGGGGACAACUACGACAACAAUGAGUAUUCUGAUCGAACCACCUCUCGACCGUCAGACGUUUUCUCCCACGGUGGGAGGACCAGCUCCAGUCCAUCAGAUGAGACUAGUGCGCUUCGUAAACCCUCCGCCAACAGGGGCAAACGACGAAGACGAAACCCCGACGUGGACGAAUCUCAGUACGAGACGGAGUACACCACAGGAGGCGAGACGGGCAACGAACUCGAUAUGGAAGAGUGGGAGAGCAUGUACCCCGAGAUCACGUCUGAUCAACAACGUCAUGACUAUAAAUCUGAGUUUGAUGCUGACCUAAAGGAGUACAAGCGAAUGUGUGCAGACAUGGACGACGUCAAUGAUCAGAUUAACAAACUCAGCAGGCAGUUGGACACACUGGAUGAAUCCUCCGUUAAAUACCAGGGUGUAGCUGAUGAAUAUAAUCGACUGAAAGACUUCAAGCGGACGGCAGAAUACCAGUCGAAGAAGGGAGAGUGUCGCAGGCUGAGGCACAAACUGUUCCAUAUCAAGCGCAUGGUGAAGAACUAUGACAAAAGCAACUCUUAG